AUGGCUCCAAAAAAGACCUCGAAAUCCAAGAUUCCCAUUCAACCCGUGCCCGAGAAGCGCGGGUAUGAGUUCUGUGGCCCGCCCGGUGCCUUUGGAAUUGUGUUCGGCCUUCCUCUCCUAGUAUACACCUUUGCGUUCUUGUGUAACGAUGUCUCCGGCUGCCCUGCACCGUCUCUACUCCACCCGUCGACCCUCACUCUCGAACAAUUGAAGGAGGAAGUGGGCUGGCCCAAGGGGGGCUUGGCGGACCUCUAUAGCACGGAUGUGACCCUGUGGGUGCUCGGCUACUACCUGCUUAGUCUGGUGCUCUACGUGUUUCUCCCGGGCCAGGAGGCUGCAGGUACCGAAUUAGCUUGUGGAGGUCGACUGCGGUACAAGUUCAAUGCAUUCCCGACGGCGGUGUUGAUCCUCUCCGGCCUUGCCACGUGCACCUACAUCUACGGCUCGGACUUCAUCGUCUGGACCUUCCUCUGGGACAACUACGUGCAGGUCCUCACCGCGAACCUACUGAUCUCGACGGCGAUCGCUGUCUUCGUCUACGCGAAGAGCUUCACCGUCCCGGCCCCUGGCCAACCCAACCCCGAGCUGCGUCAACUAGCCCCUGGUGGCCAUACAGGCAAUGUCUUGUAUGACUUUUUCAUCGGUAGAGAGCUCAACCCUCGCGUGCGGCUGCCUAUCCCCUUCGUCAGCGAGGCCUCCCGUACCAUUGACAUCAAGUCCUGGUGUGAGAUGCGUCCGGGUCUCUUGGGGUGGAUCAUCCUGAACCUGUCCAAUAUCGCUCGCCAGCACCGCACCUACGGCUACGUCACCGACUCGAUCAUCCUGUCCACCUUCUUCCAGGCAUUCUACGUGCUGGACGGCCUGUACAUGGAACCGGCGCUCUUGACCACGAUGGACAUCAUCAUGGACGGCUUCGGCUUCAUGCUCUCGUUCGGCGAUAUGGUCUGGGUCCCGUUCAUCUACAACUUCCAGACCCGGUAUUUGGCGGUCUUCCCGCUGGAGCUGGGACUCAAGGGUAUCGUGGCGGUGCUGGCCGUCACCGCGGCGGGCUACUCGAUCUUCCGGGGCGCCAACAACCAGAAGAACCGGUUUCGCACCGACCCCAACGACCCGCGCGUCAAGCACCUCAAGUUCAUCCAGACCUCCAGCGGCUCGAAGCUGCUCACCUCCGGUUGGUGGGGCUGCGCCCGUCACAUCAACUACCUCGGUGACUGGCUCAUGUCGUGGUCGUAUUGUUUACCCACCGGUAUCGCGGGGUAUGUGGUCAUCCAGGGCGUCAACCCGGCCACGGGCGACCUACAGAAGCAGGUGGUGCAGACCCCCGAAGUCCGUGGCUGGGGCAUGGUGUUCACCUACUUCUUCAUGCUCUACUUUGGCGUCCUGUUGAUCCACCGCGAGCGUCGCGACGAGGAGAAGUGCAAGAAGAAGUACGGUGCGGAUUGGGACCGAUACACUUCUUUGGUGCGCAGUCGCAUCGUCCCGGGGAUCUAUUGA